UCAGUGUCUCUAGGGGCCGUGAGAAGGUGCUGCGCCCCACAAGUUACAGAGAAGUUCGAGGGUAGUAACGCAUUCGACACAUUGGCCUCAUAGAUAUAACCCAUAUACAACGAAUAAAUAAAAUUCUUUUUUGUAAUUAUUAUUCUUUCAAUGAAAUUUAAAAAAAAAAUUAAAAUUAUUAUUGUGUUCUUUCGUAUAAAUCAAUAAUUAUAAAUCGUGAUAUAAAAAUAUUACAAAAAAAGUGAUAAGUGUGAAAUUGAUUUCUCGAUUUAUUAUGUAUUAUAUAUACGAUUUUAUUUUUGAGUGCAAUAAUAAUAUAUACACGAUAUUAAAAUAUAUACGAUAUUAAAAUAUUAUUUCAUUUUUAAAUGAGCGAUAUAAUUUAUAAUUGAUAACUUCAACUUUGAAGAAUAAGAUUCAAUCUAAUUAAUAAAGUCGAUUGAAAAAUAUGAUAGUGAUUUUUAAAUAUUUUUAAAUAUUAUAUUGAAAUUAAACAAUACAAAAAAAAAUAUUUUAAAAACUCAUUGUAUGAAUACACAAUACACUGACAGUAAAUAAUAUGGCGCGCCUUCAUCUGCAGUCAAUGACGUCAAGCUUACAAAAUGAAAGAGAUGUCAACAAUUUGAUUUAAAAAUUGAAUGAAUGAAUAUUUAAAUAUAAAAUAAAUAAUAAUUUUAUUAAAAAACGAAUAAAAAUUUGUUGUUGUAACUAUAAAAUGUUAUAAGUAAGUAUAUAUACUUAAAUAAUAUUCAUCAGUAAGUAAAAAUGUUAACUAAAAAAAAUGUUUAUUAUUAAAUAUUUUAUAAAAUUCGAACAACGAAUAUCUAAAUAUUAUUUUUCUUGAACGUCCAAAUGCAAAUUCACAAAUUUGUCACUCUAUUAUUUAAAAACCGCACUGCGUCUGAUGACAUCGAUCAGCAGAUUUUCCGGGAAAUUUGAAUUUUCGAUCGAUGAAAUUCAAUUCUGUUAUCCGAUUAUAAAACAAAGCGAAAAUUAUGGAGGUAUAAAAAAAUAAAAAAGAAAUGGCGUUAACCAAAGUGCAUGAUGAAGAUGAAAAUAUAUCAAAAUUAAUAUUCCAUCAAAAAUAUGAAAAAUUGAUCAAUCGGUAAAACUCAAAUCUUAGAAUUUAUUUCUAAAUAGUGAAGAAGAAAUAUAACAAAGAAACGAAAUGUAUUGAACCAGUAGAUGUCCUCAAUUGAGAAAUAAAGACAUCGAAGGCGAAAAGCAGCAGGUUGAUGUUAAGUGGGGAGAUAUUAAAAUGGGUCAAGAGUAUCUACACGAUGACAGUGUACGUUAUUCGACUUCACGCUCGAUGCUUUCGUGAAGAGAUCCUUCUGCGAGUUUGUCGCGAGGAUCAUUAAGAUCACGACAUAAUAUCAUCAUCAUUUCCCGCAAUGUCAUUAACACAAUGAGAAACUCGGUCAAUUUAAAUUAAUUUCGGCCAUAUAAUAAAUUCGUGAUAAAUUUUUUAACUAAAAAUAUUUCUAUAAUACAAUUUAUUAAGAAAGGGAAUACAGAAAUGAAAUUGUAUUUACAGAAUAAUCAUCCUAUCACAUCAAUAACAAUUAAAGAACGUUUACAUAUAAUUAGUUUGUGUAUGUUUCUUGAAUCGUUAUUAGUUUAAAUAGGAACUUUGAAUCGCGUGAUGUGAUGCGUUAUGUAUAAUAAUUGUCAAUAUAAUCAUUUUGUGUUUAAACGUUGUUGAAAAGAAGAAGCGGAUAUUUUUCUGUGAAAUUUAAAAAGAUUAUUUUCAUGGUGUACGGAUCGCGCAAAAUUGCGGAGUCUGUGACCACCACGGGGACGACUUGGCUGUACAACAUUACAACCCAAGGCGAAAUGAGCAGCAGCGGUGGGUUAGGAUUCGGUGUCGGUGUCGGUGUCGGCGUCGCCGGUGGUCCAACCCUCGCAGCCGCUCAACAAGGCCAAGGGGUAGCCGCUCUUCUGGUGAUGCUUGCUGUGCUUUGUUUUAUAUUCGCUUAUUGCUGUUGGGGUGCUCCGUUCUGUAGAUCUUUAUGCAGACGACACUGUUGUUGUCGACUCGAGGAUCCUGAACCAGAUUCACGAUUUAGCAACAACGAUCAAACGAUGGUAGCAACACCAACGAUUAUUUUAUUACCACACGGUAGAAUGCUCGUUGUGGAUGGUACAAUCUUUACACAGUUCCAAACAGAUCCGACUGGUUUAGAUUUAGUGGAAUUAGGUGACAGUGUACUACGAGCUCAAAGAAAUUCAAGAAGUAUAAAUCGUCAUCAAUUGCAAAAUAGUCAAGGUAGCAUACUUGAAAUGGAUGCAGAAACGCCAAGUAAAGACAGUUUAGGAUCUGUUGGGUGUUUUCCACCACCAACUUAUGAAAGUAUUUAUGGAAAAGAAGAAUCAGAUAUGCCGCCGUCGUAUUCUGAUAUCUUAUUACAUAGAUUUGCUAAUCUUCCUCAUGACAUAAAUAUGCAUAAUUAUUGUCACGAUAGUAAAGAGGAAAUUGAGAUGCAAAGCUUAGAUGGUUGUCCACAUAUACUUAGUAAUCCAAUGAAUACGAUAGCAUAUCCUUACGCGACAGUAACGAAUUUUUCAAGUCAAAGCUUUCCACGGAGGAAUGUCUCGAGAAAUCCAUCAAUCAUUAGCAAUCCACUUGAUAGUUAUUACGUAGAUAAUGAAUUAGAAUUAUAUCGAUUAAGCCAGGAGAUGGUACCACGAGUAUUUAGUAAUACAAACUUUGAAGCUCUUAGAACUUAUCAAGAUGAAACUUCGUUUUAUAAUAUGAAUGGAAAUGAGAGUGAACAACAAAACGAUAUGUUAUCGAAUAAUGGAAAUUAUUGCACAUCCGAUAAUAAUAUUCAACGAAACAACGAAAGAAUACUUUCAAAUAAUAUUGAUGAAGUAUCAAGUAACAGUAUAACAUCGGCAAAUGAGUUAAUGAACACGAGAAAUCUGGUUCGAAGUAUAUCAAGAAUUAGUCAAGAAAGUAGAAAUAACAUAGAGAAUUCACAAAGAGAUAAUCAAGAGACUGGCAUAGUUUUUGUUCGAUUACCUCAUUCUGAGAAUUAUAAUAAUAGCCAUACUCCGCAAAAUUGGUUUAACAAUACUAAUGAAAACGAUAGGCCAGCAAUACAAGUAAAUCAAGAAAAUCAAUCUACUUUAAGAAAUAUACAUUCCGAAAACGAGCAAAUGAAUGAAACUAAUCAUAACAUGGAAUCUAAUUCAAUAACAUGUUACAUUAGAAAUCAAAACACUGAUGAAUCUAGAUCGCACAGAUUGGAAAAUGAAUCCGCUUAUUCCGAUGAAGAACCUAGAAAUUUUGGAGCAUUGGCAGAUAUCCGUGAAAGUCGAGUGUAACGCAUAAUAUAUAAUAUAGAAAAUGUACAUUAAAAAUACAAUAGAAAGCUCUCUGACCAAAUGAUAUAUCAACAAUUAUAUCUUGUAAAAAAUUCACAAUAAAAAUGGAAGUAUAUUUUAUCAACAAAACAUUUUGUUUUUAUAUAAGAACUAAUUAUUUUAUUUCUUAAAUUAUAAACUUAAUACAAUAUUUACACUAAAAUUUAAUAUAAAAGUCUAUAAAUAAAAUUAAUACUAUUUAAAUUUAAUUAAAUAAAGUUUAAGAUUCUUCGAAUUAUUGAUUCUUAACAUGUAUUAUAAUAGAUUUCAUAAUAAUAUUUAAAAAAGCCUACAAAAGUUUUGUAUAAAUAAUUUAAUUGAUCUGAGAAUUAUCGAAUCGUUAAAAUUUUAAAAAUAAUUUUAUAUGCAAAAAAAAAAAUACAAUCAUUUUAAUAAUUAAUUGUGACACAAUAAUAGAAAGAAUAACAAUAGAACAAAGUUAGUUCAGUCCGUCCAAAGGUUAAUCUACACACUAGAUUCAAUAAGUGUUAAGGAAAUAAUUGUAAAUGAAUUAAAAUAUUUUUUAUUAUUAGUAUGUAUUAUUAGUAUCUAUUCUAUGAACUAUUUAUAUUAUACAUUUGCUUUAUAUAUUAUUUUAAUAUAUGAAACAUAAUGCACUUGAAAAUUUUUGACAUGCAGACAUAAAUAAAUAAUAUUACAAAGAUUUAUAAUUUAUAUUUGUACGUAUCACGAAACAAUGAUUGCAAAAUAACAAAAAAAAGAUGUGUAUAGAAUAACUGUUGGACACAUCAAAUCCUAUGUACAGAUUAUGUAUACAUACAUAAUAAUAUGUAAAUGUAUCUUUUAAGUUGAGUUUAAACUUAUUAUUCUAUAAAAUUAUUAUGAAAUAAAUGUAUAAAAGACUUAUAGUCUUAUCUUACAAAAAAAUAUGAUAUUAUGUAUGACACUUAAAUUAAUUUUACAUUAAAUUAUUAUGCAUCAUAAAGAUAUAACAUAUAUAAAGUUAUAUAAAAAAUUGUACACAUUAUUAUUGUUGUUGUAUAGAUAAAAAAAUAAAAUUGAAGUUAUUAAUGAAAUAAAAUAUUUAAUAAAAAAUUGA